UCGUAACAACAUGUUGCAAUGCCAAAGAUCCAUUCGUGCUUUUCUCUUAAACAGCGGCAAAAUUCUACUACUUCCGGUUUUAUUAAUUAACGUGUUCAUAAUCGUCUUUAUGCUCAUUCGCAUAGAGAAGUCAAUAGUACAUGUGAAAAACUGUUAUAAGGAAGCGGUUACUAAUGGCCUGAGUUCCGUGAACUGGACUUCAAUUGAUGGAGCUGGACCAUCUCCCCUAGAGAAUGUAUUAUUUGCGGAAAAAAAACCGCGCCCGGGUCGCACGAUAUUCUUCUUGGAGACUAAUUGUGUCUGUGCAGAUCCGCAAUAUAAUUUGCUCGCUCUGAGGUCACGACAGGCUUGUACAAUUGAAUCGGCUGCACUACAUUAUCCAGAUUUAGAUGUUUUUGUUCUCUCGGUGUGUUCAAGUUACCGGAAACCAAGCGAUCCAAUAAUCAACACGCUUCUCAGCUAUACGAAUGUUCAUAUACGUCGAGUUAAUUUGUGGCAAUUUUCAGCAGAGACUCCAGUCGAGAAUUGGAUCAGGAGGGAAAAUCUAUUUGACUCAAGAUAUCUGAUGAACAAUAUAUCCAAUCUGCUUCGCUUGUUGGUUCUAUAUCGUUAUGGUGGCCUUUAUUUGGACAUGGAUAUGUUAGUGCUGCGCAGGUUUGAGAAUGAAUCGAUAAAUUUUUUGGGUGCUGAACCCAAUUUCAGUGUUGGGAAUAGUGUUAUCGGACUUAAGCCAUACGGAUUUGGACGCAAGCUUGCCGAACUAUUCCUGCUGGACUUUCAAAGAAAUUAUAAUGGCAACAUCUGGGCCCAAAAUGGACCCAGAAGUGUGUCCAGAGUGAUGUCAUAUGUUUGCAACACAAACAACAUUACUGUAAUGCAGCAGGAUCUUCUUCGUUGCCAAGGAAUUAAGAUUUUCCCAGUGAAAGACUUUUAUGAAAUUGCCGGUCAUGAGUUGCAGUAUUUCUUCGACCCAAAGUUUGCGAAUGCAACAAUGAAGCGAUUACAGAAUUCAUAUUUGACACAUAUAUGGAAUCACCAAAGUUCAAUGAAACCCCUUAAAGUUGAUUCUGAAGCCGGCUACAUUCAGUUGGCAGCUCAACAUUGCCCUGCAGUUUUAAAAGUCACUGAAAAGUGGUUCAAUUAAUCCUCAAUGGAACUUCUUAAUGCUUUUUCUCCCUUCUGUAUUGAGUUCGUUCAUUUAAUAGAAUAUACUGCUGCCAGUCCGAAUACAGUACCUGAAGAAUUUAGUCGAACAGAUAUCAUUCAAAGAUAAUUCAUAUCAUAAGAAAACGAAAUGUUUACCAAAUUGUAUGUAAAUUGAUUUUAGAUAAGAAGUUCAAAUACUUAUGUUGUGUAUUGUAUAUGUAUAUCUGGAUACAUUCUAGUUAACACAGCUGUUUCAAGUUCUUAUAUAGUUCCGCUAUAAGUAUGAAUAUUUAAGAAAGUUGAAUUGCGAUUUUAGUAUGUAAACUAUGUGUAAAAUAAACUUUAUAUAGAGUGAUCUAUACAAACGUAUACCCUCAAUCAUACAUUUGUUAGAAAUAUAACUACUGACCACUAA